GAACUGCACAUCACUACACAGCACUCUGAGAUUGAUUGCCCACCAGAGCGCACUCACGGCAUCAAAGGUAGGAGAUGCAAGCCCACUGGAACCAAUUUAGGUUACUGGAUGCUUACUGGUGAUAUUACUGCUUCCACUGUACUUUAUCAGGCGUGAAUUAAAGUCGAGGCUAACCUUACACAUGUGUAAUAUUUUUUGGAGAUAAAGUAACCGUUUGAUGGAGUUUAUGGAAGAUGCAAUCGUUUGUUCUCCUCGCUUCUCUGUGUGGAUGCGUCCUCUGUUCAGUCUGGCCAUUUCAGAUGCAGUGUUACCACUGUGAAGAGACUCUGUUGGACAAUGACUGUUCAGCUCCAAAGUUCAUUGUCAACUGCACAGCAAACGUCCAGAAUGCCUGUCAGAAGGAGGUGAUUGUGGGUGAAAAUGGUGUGUCCUACAGGAAGGCCUGUGCCUCUUUCUCCACCUGUCUGAUCGUGUCAGCAGGGUAUCAGUCCUUCUGCGUCCCGGGUCGGGUGGGCUCUGUCUGCAUCAGCUGCUGUAACACCCCCCUCUGCAACGGACCCCGCCCCCCCAGGAUUUCCCUGGCCCCCACCCAUCCUCCCGCCAGACCCACUACCCUCCUCAUCAUCACUGUUGCUGUGGGAACACUGCCCUGAUGUGGACACUGGUAUUGGCUGGAUUGGACUGAAGGUUCUCAGGUGUGGUGCCUGGUGUUGGAGCCAACAGACACUGUCCUGAGAGAUUACUGAAAAACUAGGUCUACUGUGGACAGAGAUUCUACAAUCUACUAACAGGGCUGACCGACACAUACGGACCCAUUGACCAAAAAGAGUGACAAACACAUGAGAAAUUUAGGCAGUACAUUUGAAUUCUGAGCCUAAAGUUUAUUUAAAAAAAUAUAUUUGUCAUCCACAGUACAUUAACAAAGUUUGUGUUCUAAUAGGGAGGUUACAUUUUAAUAUCAUUGUCUCAGACUGCGCCUAAUCAAAGAACUAGUGCUCAGUCCCAGAGAUGACUGAGCAGUGUGUAGUGCUGAAUGUACCCUCUGUUUUACGGAUAGGAUGACACACACUGGUGUACUUAUGUUGCAAUAAGUGAUCAUAUGGUGCUUUCAAGACAACUCAAAUUUGGAACUGCUCAGUUAAAAUGUCCACCGCAGAUGCGGAAGGCUGACAUAGGCUGAUGUGGUGGAUUGAGACGCAGCCCAUGCAAAAACAAACAUCUAGCUUAAAUUGACAGAUUUUGAUGGGGAUUUUUUUAUCAUGUUAAUUAGAUUGGUGUAUCAAUAGAUUUAAGGAUUAAAAUCCCCGUAGGGAUGUGCGUGAUACUUUGCAACCCAUUAUAACAACUUAAUGAACAUAACAUAAAUUACAAGUCCCAUUGACUUAAUCAAACUUUAUUUUAACAAAUUUAAAUUCUUACAACAGCAAUUCCUGGAAAACUGUAUAAGCAGUUAUUUCUUUUUUGAAACAGUCAAAUCCUCAGUUGAGAAGCAAUAGGUGAUAGUUUGGUAAACCUGUAUUAUUGGCACUUCUAAGAAAAUAAAGCCUUGAGGUACACCGCAGUGAGGAUCUUUGACUGCCAGAUAGAUGAUCUGUUCAAUUUCAUUCAACCAAGGUUGAAAACCUAAGGAAUAUGACCUAUAUCAGAAUGGAAACAGUACAUUUCCCUGCAUCUUGAAUCCCUCAACAUCAAGGAAGAGGAUGAAACAUUUGUAACAGCUCAUCCUUUAGCCAAGGACACAGAAUGAAUGGGUAGAGGAGGACUAGUUCUGACUGGUAACUGGAUGCUAUGCCAUAUGCUUCAGUGACUAAAUUGAGUGGAAUGGUUUGAAUUUGGCAGAAAUGCCAUACCUUCUCAAUGAAUCCCAUAACCCCUGUCACAAGAGAUUACUUCUAAAUUAAACUGUAAGUGCACCUUGUAAAUCAAUGUUGUUACUCCUGCACAUUGGGCAUUCCAUGAAGAUGAGUGGGAUUUUUUUCUUCUUUCAUUUCACCUCAUUACAUAAAAUAAAAUCCAUAGCACACGAAACACAGGUUCUCUACUCUUCAUCUGUUUCAAGCACUGAAUAUUUUUUAGUAGGGGAAAGACAGAACAACCUUGAAAAAAGAAAUAUCUGGAAAAUAUAUUAGACUUAUAUG